GGCCUAGGCAGAGAUCGUGGCCUCAUUGACUGCCUCCUUAGAACCAGUACUAAAGCAAACAAUUCCUCGACCGAGCAAGCUACUCUUCACUUCAACCUCCAGUCCUUACUGACACCAGUCUUCACCAUUUCUACCACGCCCUCGACGCCCACUAUGUCCCCAGCCGCCAUAACCUCCACGCAGCCGCCGGCUUCGAACGGAAAGACCGUCCUCCCGCCCACGCCUAGCACCAAAAUCCCUGCCUGGGUACAGCCCGACCUCACACGCCUGCUACGCGUCGAGCACCGUCCCGGCUCUUUUGCUAGUCGCUCCGUGUCCCUCGUCAAUGUGCCCGCUGGCGCGAUAUUCGCACGCAUCAGUAACCCAACACCUGCUACGUGCGCGUACAGUUCGGUCCAAGCGAGCCGGGAUCUACAUAUCGAGUUGAACUGCGACCUGGUGUACAUCAAUCAUAGCUGUAAACCGAGCUUGGUGUUUGACAUGCAACGGUGGGAGGUCAGAGUACAUCCUGGGCUUGAGGGAGGAUUGAAAGAAGGAGACGAAUUGACGUUCUUCUAUCCGAGUACCGAGUGGGACAUGGCACAGCCGUUUCAGUGUUUGUGCGGAAGCAAGGAGUGCAGAGGUACGAUCUCUGGAGCCAAGGAUAUGCCUUUGGAGGUCUUGAAGCAGUACUGGUUGAGCUCACAUAUUGAGGAAUUGUUGGAGGAGAAGACAACUAAAGAGACGAACGGAAGCAGCCAUUCAUCUUAGACUUAGGAAUACUUCUAUUGCGGAUACUACAAUGCCACAAGCGCCACAUG